CAGUUCCCCUCCUUCCCACCACCCUCCCUUACUGUCACAGUCUCAAGCCAGAGCGGAUAACUCCUCAGAGGAUAAUGGAGGCUCCUGGAAGAAGGACCUUUGUCGCUCUGUGUUUCUACACUGCACUACUUACUCUCUCAGAAGUAAACUCAGAGUUCGUCCACGUUCCGUCCGUGCUCAAUGGCGUCAAAGGGAAGUCCCUCCUUCUCUCUGUGGAGACUCACUUUCAAAAUGAGGAUGUUGAGAUCCAGGGCAGCUGGUACCAGACCCGGCCGGGGGGCCCCAAAACCCUCCUGGUGACCUUCCACAACCAUUCAGCCAUCAUGGUGGCCUCCAUGAGACACAGGAACCGCUUCUUUUUCCAGCCCCCCAACGCCUCUCUCCUGAUCCCCAGGCUGGACGAGGCAGCGGAGGGGGGCUAUCACCUGGACCUGGACAUUCACUUCCCCCAGAGACAGGAGUUCGUCAGGGUCGAGAGGACCAUUCAUGUCACCGUAGAUGUACCUGUGUCCACUCCUGUUAUCAGGAAGAGCCCAUCUUCUACAGUUGUUGAGGACAAGGAGAACGUGACGUGGACCUGCUGGGUGGAGAACGGAACCAGGGUCCAGUACCAGUGGCUGAGGAAUAACAUGCCCCUAGAUACUAGUGAUUGCCAUCAGUUCUCCCAGGAUAACUCUACUCUGGUGAUAAGUCCUGUGAGGAAGAAGGACAUUGGACAGUACCGCUGCCUGGCCAAGAACCACAUCAGCCAGAGACAGAGCCACACCCUGGACCUUAAUGUAUUCUAUGGUCCUUACAACCUGGCUGUAAAGUCUGACCAUGGCCUGAGGACCGGGGAGGUCUUCACAGUGAACCCUGGUGAGCUGGUGUUCUUCGACUGUCAGGCCGACUCCAACCCUCCCAACAGCUGUAUGUGGAUCUCUAAGACCAACAACGCUACUGAGGUCAUCACUGUGGGACUGCGCCUGGAGGUCACCUCAUACAAGCUGGCCCAGGCCGAGGAGUUCCUGUGCAGGGCGUUUAACAAUGUGACCCAGAAGCAGGACGAGACCCAGUUCACCCUGGUGGUGGCCAGCCUGGGGACAGGAAAGGAGAGAUAUGUCCAGGAGAGCAACUCAUUCUCUCCUCUGGCUGCCAUCACUCUGUCCUGUCUGUUGAUUACUGGCUGUAUGUUACUAGCCUACUUCAUAAAGACCUGUCAUCAUCCCAAGAGAGUUCUCAUGAACAUCUAUAACAGACCUUUGACAGAACCGAAGCGCCCACACUGUUCAGGUCAUGAGGAUGCAACGGAAGACUUUGGCAUCUAUGAGUUUGUCUCUAUACCUGGGAAAAUGGAAUCUACACAGGCAUCCAGCAGAUCUCUGGCACACCUAGAGUCUGUCCAGGAUUUGCAUACCACCAUCUAUGAUGUCAUUCGGCACAUCCCUGAAACUCCCACGCUGGCUAACCAGAGUCUGCUGUUGAAGCAGUGUGAAGCCUAACUAGAGACCAGAAUAUUAUUAAAGAUACUUUCUGAGUCCCCAAGUGGAACCAUAUUCUCUGUAUGAUGCACCAUUUUUGACCAAAGCCCUAUUUCUACAUAGGGAAUAGGGUGCCAUUUGGGAUACAGACCCAGUCUGUGAACAUUCUGUAAAUGAACUCCAGUGAGGUUUUCAUCCAGUGAGGUUUUCCUCCUCCUCCUUUCCUCCUGACAUCUGAAAUCCCAUGGACAUUAUUCAUCAAUGGAUGAAUCCAAACAGCUUUAAUGUGGGAAUAAGAUAUACUGUAUUGAUCUACUGGAAUCUAAGAUAUCUCUGCUAGUGAACUUGUUAUCUGAUCGAAUGACUGUGUUACUAAUCCUGUCAGCCAUUAAUUUACACUACAGGAACAUAUGGUACAGUUCCCACAUCUUACUUACUAUUUUCAAAUAUUGUAUUAAUUUAAUUUAAAGUACAAGGGUUUUCUUUGAGAUCUCAUGAAUAUAUUUUUCUCUUGUGCUAUUUCAAGCUCUCUCUGGAAGUGGGCAAGUAUAUUUGGAUGAAUUAAUUAUCACAUGCAAGUGAGAUACUGUCUGAUGGCUGUGUUGUCAAACAUUAUUUUUUAGCAUGUAAAUACAUCUCUUCUACACUGCAUGCAAUUACUUUAUUUUUUUUUCAAGAAAUGACAUUUUGUUUUACUGAAUAAGUCCUAUUUAUUUCCAAGUAAAUGGUUGAUGGUCCUCUCUUGCUGAUGUAGCAUUUUUUAUCUCGACAUUGUCAAAUACACUCCACCGGGGGUUGAAAUGCCAGAUGUGCUGUUGCCUGUCUGUAAAGUAUCGUACAGUUUCCAGAGACAGAUAUGUGCUUUUUGGAUUUUAAUAAAGAUUUAUAACAAUUUGA